CGGCUCAAAGCGGACAUGUUCAUCACACUACUUUAUCUGUUGCUUCUUUUCAACUCAGGUCUCACUGUGGUAGUCCUUCAGUCUGGAGAUCAAAUGUCCCACCCAGGAUUGACAGUGAACUUUGAGUGCAGCAUGGGUCCAGGGUUCAGCAUGGGCAGCUACACCAUGCUCUGGUAUCGACAAAACCAGUACGGCGCACUACUGGAGUUCCUCACCAAAGAGUACGACCAAACUGCGGGGCGCUUCCAGUCUUCCCUGGAAACAUCCAAGAACAACUUCUCGCUUCAGGUUACUGGGCUGCUCCUGAAUGACAGCAGCACCUACUACUGUGCUGCCAGUCACAGUGAUGCACACGGACCACACUGUCAUACAAAUAACAACUGGGGCUGUCACAGGUGGCACACCGACUCCUGCCACCCACAGGAGCUGUGGCUUGGAUGCUGUCACAGAAAUAGCAGCAGUCAGGCACUGAUCAGGUGCACUGUGACCCAGACUGCAGAGGCUUACUUUGGUGGAGGAACAAAGUUAACGGUUUUAGAACCAGACCAUGAUAUCACCCCACCAACAGUAAAGGUGCUUAAACCUUCAACAAAGGAGUGUAGAAAGCAGACAGACGGAGCGAGGAAGAAGACCAUUGUCUGUGUGGCCAGUGGAUUCUACCCGGACCAUGUCACUGUUGACUGGCAGAUCAACGGGGAGACUCAAACCACUGGUGUGGCCACUGAUAACGCUGCCCUGCGGGAAGGCAAGACGUACAGAAUCACCAGCAGGCUGAGGGUCCCUAGAGAACACUGGUACACACUCGACAAAAACUUCAGCUGCAUCGUCAACUUCUACAAUGGCAGUGCAUCAAGCAAUUAUACCGGGACAGUUCUGGGUGUUGAAGGUGAGGAAAAAGGCGGCAUGACAAGAGAGGAUUAUUUGAAGAUCUCCCAGACGGCCAAACUCUCCUACGGUCUUCUAAUCAUCAAGAGCAGCCUCUAUGGAGCCUUUGUGGCCUUUUUGGUGUGGAAGCUUCAGAGUUCAGCUGGAAAACGGAACUAAGAGCUGAGGUCUGAACCAAAACAAUCCUGAUCUUGGUUUCUUUAAAUAAAAUGUGUAGAAAAUAUUAUAUAGUUAUAUUUCCACAACUGUGUAUCUCACAACAUAUUUGCAUUCAUAUAUAAAUAAGCCAACCAAAUUUUACUAACCAAUAGAGGAGCAUAUUCUUAUUACUUUUAAAGCCAAAAUUGGCAUGGAAGUAAGUUUGAUGUAGAUUAUUUAAUAAUCACUUGUAUGUUGGUUGUGAACUGUUUGAUGCUUAAUUUUCAACUCAAUAAAAGUACGUCAGAGGA